AUGGAGGAAAAGAACGAGGAAAGAACGCAGGAGAAAAUGAAGAAGAACAUAAUAGACCAUAUCGUUGGUCGUCCAUCCGAGUACAUGAAGCAAAUGUUAAUGACGACGGAGGAGAGGACGCAAUACAUCGUGAAAUGGGGGCACAAGCUCAGAUUACCCUCGUGCACCGACGUCGAGAAUUGCUACUUCUACGUCAACCCCAACAUCGUCGUAUUUCAACAAUACACCCCUGGGAUGUAUUUGAGCGUGAUGGUGACGAUUCGAAACGUGACGUCGACCAAUCCUUUCUUCGCCGUGGACUUUUGUGGAACCAAUUUCUCGACGAUGCUCGCGCCUGGUCUCUCCAUUACUUACAGAGUGAAAUUUAUGCCCGAGAGAAGGGAAGAUUAUUAUUAUCAGUUAAAAUUCGCGACGGAUACCGGGGACAUGAUCAUACCUGUCAUAGCGAUCAGCCCGAGAGGAAUCUUGGACUUUCCCGAUCGGAUCGAGGUACCGGCUACAGCGGCCAAGAUCCCCUCUUUGAAAACGAUAUUUGUGCGCAAUGUGGGUGAUGUCGCGGCUGAUUUCAUCCUUUACACCGACAACCCUUGCUUUUGGAUCGAGCCAUCGAAGGGAAGAAUAGAUGAGGAGGACUCGCUUCAGUUUACCGUACACUUUCUUUCAAACAAGGCCGGAGAUUUCGAGGCGAAUUUAUUCCUCGAAUACGACACCGGUGAAAAGUUGCGUAUCGAUCUGCAGAGUUCGGCCGAAAAUUGUCACAUUCGAAUCGACAGAGGCACCGUCAGAUUGGAAGAGACAUUCUUGGGCCUGUCGAGGAGCAAGACACUGUUGAUCCACAACAGAAGCAACCACAUCGUCAAGUACAAGUGGAUGCUUUUCGAGAGCGUGGAGGCGGACAACGAGCGAAAAGAACAGUGA